AUGAUAACGUACACUCACGCGUUUCCUUCAGUUUUCAGCUAUUUGUACACCAAUCGUUAGAACAGAACACACAACAGCUGGAGUAUCGUAUGAACGAAUGCUUUGUGGGUUCCGGACACAUUGAGGAGCUGCUAACGGAGCUGCUACCGUACCUUUCGCUGUAUAACCCACGCGCCAAAGUGCUACUGAUAACGCAGGAUAUGGAUGAUCAAGAGCUAGCUGAACUGUUCCAUGUUGCCUGGUACAAAUAUCGAUUGUUGCAGAUCAUUGUACUGAAUCACCAUGGCAAUGAGACAAUAGAAAGCUGUGUGUUCAAUCCCUUCCGGAAGGGGCUUUCGCCGGAACUACACAUUUUGCCAACAACUAAAUCCGACUUGCACUGCAACCUGCUGGUGGAUGGGAAUGAACUGGAGCUAUACAAUCGAGAGUUGACUAGCUUCAUUGACGAUCGCGUAUAUUAUCUGAACGGAUAUCCUUUGAACAUUGCGAUGCACGUUAGCAACGGGUCGACUUCGGCGUAUGACUGCAUUUUGGGUACGGUUAGUUUCACGGACAUUGAUCAGGAAAUUCUUUCCAUUAUGCAAAAACUCAUGAACUUCAGCAUGAUUCUACACAAAAACGAACUCGAGCUAUCGAUCGGAUAUAUCCACCAGAACGGAACACCCGUCGGUACGCUUGGGUUGAUUGAGAACAAUCUGAUCGAUUUGGCGGCGAACUCACGCAUCAUCCACAACUAUGAUACGAAGAAUUUGCUAUACCUGCACUAUAUCUCCACGGAGAAGCUGGUCUUUAUAACGCCGCGAAAUUUCUUCAAGAAUCGCGACAAAACGCAGGUGUUCAUUAAUCCAUUUAGCGUGGCAUACAUGCUAACAAAUAUGCUAUUAUCUUUCGGUGUUCCGAUGAUUAUCUUUUUGCUUGAGUAUGCCGCCCGCAAACUUGACGUACCCAGAGAAACGAGCAACUAUUCGUUCGGCACCAAAGUGCUCAACCUCGUGGGAAUUAUCUACAACGUAUCAGUGAAAUUGCCCCGGGCUGCCCGCAAGCGCUGGAUUAUCGUUGGGCUGCUGGUGUAUAACAUCGUGUCGUAUCCGAUCUGGCAAGGUGUCACUAUACGGUACCUGCACCCAAGCAAUCAGCAGGUGAACAAUAUUAACAGUCUUGAGGAGUUGAUUGAAACGGACCUUGAACUGAAGGUGUCACAUUACCACGAGCACAUCGUACGUCAUGAGGGACCACACUUUCAAAAUCCAGUGUACAACGCACUUUCAAAUCGAUUAUCUACAAAAAAUACAUCCUCAUUGCGCGAUUCCAUUGAGCAGAUUAUAAUCCACCGCGAUUCUGCACUGCUUAUCGCUGAUGAAUACGUUCCGCUCGUGUUGGCCGGAAAUUACAAGUGGAUACCGGGCAAACCGGAUGCCAUAUGGCCCAUUCAGAAACCGGUGUACGAGUUUUACAAAUCGAUGGCCGUUCCGAAAACGUCUCCAUUCGUUGGUACGUUUAAUGUGAUUGUCUUGCACUGUGUUGAGGCUGGGAUGAACGAUCGGUUCAUGCAUCAACUGGAGACGGUGGUACAGUUGAUGAAAAUUAGACGCAUCCGGGAGCAUCCUUCCGUGCCGGAUUACAUUGUGUUCAAUAUGGAACAUUUGCAGCCACUGUUUAUUUUUUAUUUCGCUAUGCUAUUGUUAUCGAGUGGAAUUUUCCUGAUCGAACUCAUUGUUAAGCGUAUAGAACGUGCACGUUCCUCGCAAAUGAUACAUCCUGGUGAAAAGUAUGUACCAUUUGAAUUUACCCUUUGA